AGUUGCGGUCCGAGCGGCCGAGUCGUCAGUCCCGCCCUCGGUCCUUUCGCGUUUUCGGUCAGUCUCCGUUCGACGUUCGGACGGUGAGGUGUGUAAAGCGCAGGUGCGCACCGGUUACUGUGGCGUACUGCGAGGUUAUAAUGGACGCGCCCGGCGGAGCGCGGGAGCCCCGCUUCGGGUCGCCGUACGGUAUGGGACUCCUUGGGGAGAUGCCGGAUAUGUACGGCGCAGGCCGACCACCAAGCUCGCUCGGUGGCGGAGCCCUAAGGCCGGGCAUGCAGCCGUGUCCGAUGCCUCGGCCAGGCGUGAAGAGGACAUCUGACCAGUGUUAUGAUGAGCGGCCUUCUCAGAGUGUCGGUUUGGAACACUGCGCCAUGCCUGACAUAGCAGAUGAUGGAUAUGCCUCCUUGCAACCCAAGAAGUCUCCACCGUCCAACGGCAAAAAGACCAAGGGUCGUGUCAAGAUUAAAAUGGAAUACAUUGAUAACAAACUACGGCGAUAUACGACAUUCUCGAAGCGGAAGACUGGCAUAAUGAAGAAGGCAUACGAGUUGUCUACGUUGACGGGUACACAAGUGAUGCUCCUAGUAGCAUCGGAAACGGGGCAUGUUUACACAUUCGCAACGCGGAAACUGCAGCCAAUGAUCACAUCGGACGCAGGGAAACGACUCAUACAGACGUGCCUUAAUUCUCCUGAUCCGCCAACUACCAGCGAGCAGCGUAUGGCAGCCACCGGUUUCGAGGAGACCGAGCUCACCUAUAAUGUAGUUGACGAGGACAUGAAGGAGGAACCUCAGUCGUCAGGGGACAGCGGCGAUGAAAGCGGCAGUGAACCAGAGUCGCCUUGCGAGAAACUCCUUCAGCAGAACCCGAAACAGGAAUGGAUCGAGCCUACAGAACGGGAUACUAAUAACAGGGAGCAAGCGGGAGAACCAACAGCAUCCACAUCUUCUACCACUCAAGAGGCAGACAGCAGUAAAUCAAGUCAACCAUCUCUCCCGAAGUUUUUACCCAAAUUAGACCUCCCAGGUGGAGCGAUGUUGUAUCAUUCGGGAGUUCUUGCUGGAUUGGACGGAAUCGGAACCAAUAUUGGGCUUGGAAACUUGGCAAUGGGUUAUCCACAUAGUUUCUUAAUAGGACUUGCUAAUCAAGGACAAGAAGGAGCUGCUGCACCAUCAAACCAGCCACAGUUUAUCACUAUACCAUUGUCUAUGGCAAUGGCGGCGGCCUCCAAUACUUCCUCCACUGCCACCAAUGGUUGUCCAGCCAGUGCAUCCAGUGAUGACAGCAGCGAGCUUCAAGACCUCAGCACUGGAAGAAAGUGACGAACUCUAGCAAGAAGCAGAUAUGUAGCAAGAAAGGGAUAGCAACGGUAAUUGGGAUUUUGCUUACCAAAGUUCUGUAUUUUGGACUUCAUAUUCUAUCAUUAUGUAAUAGAUUUAUCUAGAAUUGAAACUUGUUGUAUAGUAGUUUUUAAAAAGUCAUUUAAACAAUUUGUAACAAUACCUAUUGCAUAUAACAUAUUAAAGAUAUUAUGAUAAAUUGUAGAAACACAUGAUAACGUUGAUAAUUGUAAAGUAUUAUAUAUUUUUGCAGUCAGAUUUGCAGAGUACACGUUGCACAAACUUCGAUUAAAUUGUAAUUUGUGUAAAGCGACAUUACCAAUACUUUUUUUUUUAAUUUACAACAUUCAUUUAAGUCGUCAUUAAACCUUAAUGGACGUUUGUGCAACUGAGCGAAAUUCUGUUGAAAACACAACGACGAAUAUAGCUCUGUAGGGACAAUGACAAAAUUUUAUUUGUCUGUCCGUCGGUCGGGUAGAUUAUUUAAUGAAUAUUAUUCAGGUGUUUUUGAGCAGUCAAUUUAUUACGGCGAUACAUUAAGUUGAAAUUUCGUAUGAGACCUUUUUACAUUUUCUACAUAGUUGUGACGCGGCAAGCCUCUACGCCUCAUCUUUCAUGUAUAUUAUUAAAGACAUUUUUUGUUGCAUUGAAGCAAAAAAAAAAAAAAUACGUAGGUAUCUAAUUUUUUUCUAUUAUCUGACUGACGGACUAAUUAGAGGUUUUUUUUUACCCAAGCCUCACCCCUGUUACAAUAUUAAAGGUUCAAUCAAAUAAAACCUACUUUGAAAGGUAAAAAAGGCUUUAUUUGAUUAAAACUAAAACUACAACAGUGUUGUGUUGACUCUGCAAUUUUAACAGAAUAUUAAAGCUAUUCUAUGCAUUUUAAUAAAACGGAUUAAAACUUUGCCUUGCCAAACGUAUAUUAAUAUAAGUAUCGUAUUUAUUAUCGACUGUUUUGAUAAGCAAUUUCAAUUUAUAAUUAUUUAUUUUUGCAAAAAAAAUAUUGAGCACUUUGAAGGUAUUAAUAAUUUUAGUUAUUUUGUUCAAACGUUAAAUUCAUUUACAUUCAAAAUCUUUAGCGUUGUAUAAUAUGAGUAUUAGGCCCGUUCUUAAUUUGUUUUAUUUAAAGACAUAUUGAAGGGCAUAUUCUUGAAAAUUUACAUGAUUCGUUCAGUAUCUCAUUUGCAAGGUAUUGAUUGUCAAUUUAAUGUAAGUGUAUGGAAACAAGCUUAAUAUUGGAAAGACAUACACGUUUUAUUUAAUGCACUAUUUGGAAGUGUAAAUUUUAAGUUUGUUUUGUUUUUCUUUAGAAUGAGGUAUAAUUCUGUCAAACCUUAAUUUUUUUGUUAUUUAAUUUCGAUCCAAAAGUAAAAAACUAUGAUUUCAGAUUCUGAGAAGUUAAUCAUUUUCUGAUAAAAAAAUGAAAAUAUUAAUUGUAAGUGACAUUUAAGAGUGGCGGCACUAUUUAAUAUGUAGUAUUUAAAAAUGACUUUUUUUUUAUCUCUAAACAUACAUUUGUUAUAUUCAUGUUUCUUCUUGCAAUUCGUUUUAAGGAAAAAAAAACAGCACAUGUUCUUCAUUUGAAAAAAAAGGAUACAAUUUGUAGUCUGUUUUUUUUUUUACUUUUGUUUGUUAAGUUACUUUAUCGACCGUAACGUUUGAUACUUAGUAACAUCUAUUUUAUAAACAUUUUUCAUUUUUUAAGAUGUAAUGCUUGACUGUUGUACGGUAGAUAGAUAUAUAGAUAAAAACAGACUGCAAACUUGAUCUAAUAUCUUCAGUAUGUUAUAAAUUUUGAAGCAUUUAUAAUUUAAUAUGUUUACAUCAGUAUUUUAUUGAUAAAUGUUAAUUAAAAAUUGUCUUAAGUUUCCGCCGUGAACAUCGAAACAGCGUUAUAACGUUUAACAUUGUUUUUCCUUAAUAAUAAAUUUUAAUGUUCCUUCGUUUCAAAUUUUUU